AAGCUCUUCGCCCCAAGUCCACUUCCCAAGGCGGUGCUAGUUGUCAUAAAAUAGCAGUGCUCGUGGGAAUCUGGACUUUCCCUGUUCCUUCUGUGACUUCCAACACAAAUCUCUGUUUGCACAACGUCGGAAGGCAUUCACUGCUGCUUUGUGUGUGGUUUUCUGACUGCAGAUCUUCGUGCUAGAUAGUUUCAUUUCUGAUCGUGUGAUUGGUCUAAGGUAGGAAGGCACUCACUGCUGCUUUCUGUGUAGUUUUCUGAUUGCAGAUCUUCGUGCUAGAUAGUUUCGUUUCUGAUCAUGUGAUUCGUAUAAGGUCCGCAGCUGUGUGGGCAAGAGUUGGAUAUGAGUGCCGGACUAGACAGACUUGUCAUAAUCGAGCUGCUUCGAGUUCCCAAACUGUAGGUCGCUGUGAAAUUGUUCAAACCUUGACUGCACUUCGAUCGGCCGGAGGAAAUUGUUCUCUGCAUCAACUGCGCUUAUUUAGAGACUUCUUCUUCUUCGGUUGCCGCCUGACUGAGCAUCGCAGGUCUUCCUCGACAUCAUCUCAUCUGAGUCAGGAGAAAAAUCGACUCACCUGUGAAUGCCGGACGGCUUCUUUGUGACCAUGGAGAAGUCCGAAAGAGAAUCCAUUUGCAGAGAUGCUGUUCUAGCAGUGUUGGAGAACAAUUGGGAGAGUUUCGCUUCGAAAUUGAACGAUGAUAUGGACUGCUCGGCCCAAUCCAAAAUGGAAAUGGUUGCUCCAGUGCUUGCUUCGAUGUGUGCCUUGACCUCGUCUUCACCAGCAACUUGGUGGUCCAAGGCAGGAAGUAAAACUUCCUGUGGAGCAUAUGCUUCUGAUUAUGCACCACCUAAUCGAUUCGUGAGAAGAAGGCACCAGCCUCAGGGGGGAUCUGCUUUCGACUCGACGUCUGUUUCUUUCCCUUUCCGACCAGACCGACAUAUGGCCAGCUAUCCAGCACCUGGAGAAUCUCACCACAAGAAAGCGUGAUGCUCUCGACAAAGAAUCUCCUCCAACAGCCUUCUUUCGGUAUUCUACGCGGGAGUCAAUGCACAUACACGAUGUAUACGGGAUCGACUUUGUCAUCGACUUUGGCUUCUGAGUUGUAGUAGUGCUACUUGUCAAGCGGAUCAUACUGCUCGGGAGCAAAACGAACUCGCGUACAGGUUGCAGGAAAGAUAGGCACGCAGACCUCUGCGGUCGAUUGCAUAAACAUCGUGUUUGAUGCAACCGUUCGAGGCAGUCCUCUUGGACUUACCUAGAUUUUGGACAGAGGAUUCCACAGCACAUGAUGAUGAUGAUGAUGAGGAGGAGAGCUGAAACAAGUUCGACCUUGGGAUCUAGAGAAGAUUGUAAAUCAUAUCCAUCAGACUUGCACAGUGCAAAUUUUAUUGCCAAGUGUAUUCUGAAGUAAACCGAUACAUGUUGAAGUAUUCAACGUUUCCUCCUGUUUCGUCAAGAGGC